ACAAAGUCAGUAUAAAUGUGGAUGCGUUGUUCCUGUAUUUCAAAACAGAAGAGUCUCCUACUCCUUCCUAAGAAGCUUACUCUGGAACUGCAGACUGAAGUUUUAAACAAAGAUGACAUCACUAACAAAUAGAGGAAUACCUUUAAGCUUGAUUAAUCCACGGUAUCUGCACUCAAACUCUACUAGCCACACCUGGCCCUUCAGUGCUGUAGCAGAAUUGAUUGACAAUGCUUAUGACCCAGAUGUCAGUGCAAAACAACUCUGGAUUAAUAAAAUGGUGUUUAAACAGACAGACUGCCUCAUCUUCAUGGACAAUGGACAAGGCAUGAACUAUGACAAGAUGCACAAAAUGCUCAGUUUUGGCUUCAGUGAUAAGGAGUCGGUAAAAGGCCGUGCUGCAGUCGGUCUUUAUGGUAAUGGUUUUAAGUCAGGCUCCAUGCGCUUGGGGAAAGACGCCAUCGUGUUCUCAAAGCAAGCCAACACCAUGUGUGUGGGUCUCCUGUCACAGACUUACCUCGAGAGGACAGGAGCAAAGAAUGUCGUAGUGCCUAUUGUCAUGUUCACCAAAACUGGACAGACAGUCAGUGCUGCACCACAGCAUGCAGAGAGUCUUCGAGAUAUCCUGAAACAUUCUUUGUUUAACACUGAGGAAGAACUGCUGUCUGAGUUCAGUAUCAUUGAAAGGUUAAGCAACUCAAGUGGAACCCGUAUCAUCAUCUGGAACCUACGCACAAAAUCUUCAGGAGAAUUAGAAUUUGAUUUCAUGAAGGACCCCAAAGACAUUCGGAUCCUUGAUGAUGUGUACAAGACAUUCAGGGAGUCAAACAAGCGUCAGGGUCAGGAAAGCAAGUCAGUGCCUGAGAGUGACUAUUCACUGCGGGCGUACUGUAGUAUCCUGUACCUGAAUCCAAGAAUGGAAAUUAUCCUUCAAGGGCAGAAGGUGGAAACUCAGUCUAUCACAACAACUCUAGCAAAGGCCCGUACGGACAUAUACAAACCUGACUGUUUGAAAAAGGGACUAACAAUCACAUUUGGCUACAACAAAAAGAGGAUGGAGCACUAUGGACUGAUGAUGUACCACCAAAACCGUCUCAUCAAAGCCUAUGUGCGUGUCCCCUGUCAGCGCAAGAACAACAAUACAGGACAAGGAGUUAUCGGGGUUAUAGAGUGUAACCACCUCAAACCAACUCACAAUAAACAGGACUUUGAUGAUACUCAGGAGUACAGGAACACUAUGAAGAAUCUAAAUAAUAAACUUGAGCAAUAUUGGAGGAACUUCUCUUAUAGUUAUCAAGCCUUUAAACCUGCUGAGAAUACUGAAAGUUCUACAGAUGAGAAGCCUGAGGAUUCUAUUGUGGAACUACCUGCAUACAAACAACAUGAGAAAAAUCUGAAGUUGCAGUUGCAGAAGAAGAACAGAGAGUGGGUUCAUGUAUUGCAGUCUCCUUCUAAAGCCAGGUCAUCUACUCAAACAACCCCCAGCUCUCUUAUUUUUCAGUCUCUCACAGGUGCAGGCUCAAGUUCUUCUGAUGACACUUUAUCAGAUACUCAGGAGAUUUCUGUCUCCACAACACCAAGAAAGAAGAGAGUCAUGGGUCAGUCUCAAGAGAACACAGAGAAGAAGAAAGCCAAGCAAAUAGAUUUUGCCAACAACAUACCAGACCCAUCAACUUCCACAGACUUACCUGCCAUGUUUAUCCAUGAUGGCAAUGUUAAUAAAGUAGGGGAAAAAAACAUUAAAACAAAAUUGAAAGACAGCAGAGGUGACAUGAUUGACAAGAGCAGAGAGAAGAAGGAGCAAUACAAUCAUAGCACACAAGCCAGUUCUGAGCACCAGCCAAACUAUGAAGUUCAGCUCCUUCAGGCCAAGCAGGAAAUAAAUCAACUCCAACUUAAGGUGAAAUGUCUAGAAGAUGAGAAUUGCACUUUGACGAGCUGCUAUGAGAGCCUGAAGAAAGAUUUAGAGGAAACAAAGAAAAAAAGUGAAAAGGUAAAAAUAAGUGUAGAAGAUCGAUUGAUGCAGACAGAUUUUCCUAUUUCCUCUGCUGAGGGGUGUGGUGCAACUUCAGCAGAAUCCUCCAACUCAGGAAGAGUGAGAGACUCACACUUUGGUACUCAGCAGCAUCAGACACAGGACAGACUGGAAAGCAUGCAAGGAAACAGUGACACCCAGAUAUACCGCCUUAGGUUAAGAGAACUCAGGCAAAGUGUGGCAUGUCUCCUGGUCAGCCUUGUCCCUGAUCUAAAUCUUCAGCAGAUGAACUACGACUGUGAAGAUGUUGAUGAGAUUCUUACUCAAGUUAUAAAUAAGAUCUAAGUAAAAACAGUGGUUGAUUGAUUGUUUAAUAAAAUACCUACGCAUAUAGAUUUUUAAAAUCCCUUAUUCUGUUUAAAAAAUUUUUUGACAAGAUAUGAAGUUUUUAUUGUUUCCAGUGUAUUUUAGCCAAAAAUGUAAGGUUUAGGUACUGUCUCUUUUCCCUUUUACACAUUUAUAACAUUUAGCCUUUAUUCAUUUUGCCUUUUACUUCAUGUAUUUAGAAUUAAGUUUCAUAUACAUAUUCAUAUUUGAACUUUCAUAUUAUUAUUAUAUAUAAUCAUGUGUAAAGGGUGGUAAUAUAUUCAGCUCAUGUAUAGGCAUAAAAUCUUCCAUUUUUUUCUGUUCCCAUUUUGUAAAUUCUGUGCUUGAAAUGAAAAAUAUUAUACUUCGCUGUAGGGCAAAACUGAGAAAAACAUGGACGUUAUAUACAGCAGGUAGUUUGUUUGAUGCAAUAUAAUGUGCUCAUCAAGGGCCUGAUUUACUAAGCUACAUGAUUAUGUACACAAAUAAAUGUUAAUAUUGCUGAAUAAUGCAGCUAGUAGAAUAUUUAUAAAGAAAAAAGAUAUAUAACUCAGAUUUUUUCAUUUUUCUUUGUAUUUUAUUUCUUUCUUUGUGUGUGUUUGAACUGCAAUAAAAAAAUCAUAUUACAGA